AUGAACUUCUGUUGGGUAAUUUUGUCAGCACAAAUAUGCUUUCUGAUGUUGCCUGCAAUCAUAGAUAGCAGACAGAUGUGUUGGACCUGCCAGUUUGUCCAGAAUGGCAAUGGCAAGGAUGAAUGUGCCAACGAUCCUGGCAACUGGACAGGCGGAGAUCCCCGAAUCCGGUGUCUGUAUAAGUGCAUCACAUCGGCCGAAUUUGAUAAAGUGACAGGAGACCCAACGUUUAUUUACCGAGGCUGCGCCGAAACUACACAAAAGGAUGGCUGCGUGGUUACCGACUUCAAACACGUCUGCUACUACUCGUGCGAGGGACAACACUACUGCAACGACAAAAUGUUGUCAUUAUCCCCCUUGCUGCAGGAUAAGGACACAUCUGCCCGACCAAUCGCCCACACUGCGCUUCUCAUAGCUUGGGUUAUUAGUAUCGUUUUCAUUGCACAUGCCCUAUUUCAUUAA